CCUUCAGUGAUUUUUUUAACAUGUCUGGUUCCACGGAAAAUCUUCUUCAACAUGGCCUCCUGAAGGGAAGUGUUGAGUCCAUUUACAAUAGCCGAGAGAAUGCAAUUCAUGAUGAAAGGAGAUCAGAGAAAAAGACUGGCAAUAAGGGAAUAAUAAAUCCAGCAUUUAUAGCAGACGAUAAACACAAUGAACGGCCUUCUUCGCCCUACAAAAGAGCAACAUCAUUUCAGCAAAGACCUUCCUCURCUUCAUCAUCUACCAGUCGUAGGCACAGUUCUCCCGACGGCUCURAUAGAUAUGGCGUUCAACACARACCAAAGCAUGGGUUAAACAGGCAGCAUCGCUUGACAAGCGCUAGUGAAGAGGACUUGAGAAGAAAAGCGGUGUUGAACAGCAUGAAAGCAGACAGAAAGUUYCAGAGUGUGAGCCAUUUACCGAUUAGUGUUGAAAAUGAGGCGCAAAUUAGCGGAAYUGGAAAUGCAGGAAAAGAAGCUGAUGCUAAAAACGUGGUAAAAGAAAAAUUCGAAAAGAAUCAGGAUUUAAGGAAAGCGCCUGCUACUAAAUCGCAAGAUCAGGAAGAUUUAUUGUCAAAGUCGUCUUCACAUCAAAAGGAUAAUCACCAAGAAGACAAUGUUGUUGUUGCCUUAGAGAGAGCUCAGCUCCAGCAAUACAAAAGAAGACUAACACUCGCCCUCAGCGAAAGAGCAAAACUGACUGAACAGCUUCAAUUUAUAACUUCAAAUUUAACRAACASUCAGUUGUCSCGGAGCUUYGAYUCUGAUAGUUUAGAAAGUCCUCGGCCACUUGAAACGAGUUCGAGAGUUGGAGAGAGUCCAAGAAGGCUUCAAAACACUUUAAGUCCAAGAUAUCCAGCUUUAACUGGUGCUGACGACGCGAAUGAGCGAUGUCUGCCAACUCUUCCUUCUAAAGACAAAACGAAGGGAAUAGAGAGACUUAAUUUGAAAGACGUGGAGUAUGAUUCUAGAGACUCAGAUCCAACAUAUGCGGUAAGAAUUGUUGAUAACAACUGGGAAGAUUCUCCGGCUGGAAAAGAAUUUCGAGAGACAAAAUUGACUAGUGARGAGCAUACAAAUCGUAGAAACAGUUUUAAAAGGGAACAACGAGARAGCAAAAGAGAGGACUUGMGUCUUGCAGCAGAUGACAUGUGGCAUGACCAUCUUAGGGGUGAAAGCUUCGCAACUGGAGAUAUGCCGGKAAAAACAAAGGAAAGCGAUAACAGCAAMCUUGAUAAAAACAAAAGUAAAGAUGAAAAUAAUAACACUAAAAAGCCUUUAACUGUGGAGGAAUUUUURAGCAGUGACAAAGAAACAGAGAAAGUUCKAGAAGAAACUAAAGACUUUGAUGAAAACGACAGGGCAAUACGGCGSGURCUUGAGAGUUCUUCGCGGUAUUCCCCAGAACUUUAUGAGCCGCUCGUCGACCACUUUMAGAAAYCAAAUGAACAUCCAUCUCACUCUGCUAGAAAGUCUAGAAAAGRCACUGAAGCUAAAAGUAAGCAUUACGAAACUGAUCAAGAUUACGAACAGCUAACAGCUCUAGGUGGAGUYCAGGCCCACCGAGGUGACKCGGGAUAUCACUACGAAGAAAUGGCCUCGCCGAAAGUGCGCAAAYCCGAAUUACAAUCUAGGAAUUACAAAAAACAGGAGCAAGACCGUCGUUUCAACUACAUGGGCCCCCCGGGAACAAUAAGGAACGCAAAUAGUCGAGGSAGGCAGGGGGAUUUAUCUGACACUAGAGAGMUAGAGCGAGCUCCGAGUAACAUAUCCGACAARCUGCGUUACUAUAGGGGGGUACUCGRKAAUCAAAAUGAAGAAAGGCCGUCWCGUGACUUAGCUGAUGCUUUCGCCAAUGAGACAGAUCCGUUGAAAAGGCGGGAAAUUMAACAGCAAGCAGCCGCAGAGGCAGCUGUUUUGAGGAGAGAGGCUUCCGAGYUGUUAUUUCAAGCGAUGAACUUGGAAAGACUUUGUGAUCCAAAUGCUAGAGUGAAACACGUUUACAUACCGCACUAGUGAYUCAUUGGUGCAGGAGUAUCGCUGKCUCARRGCAUGKUGUGCUUUCAUUGUAUCCGUGAAUUAGUUUUGAUAACAAAAAUAGCAUAAAAUCUUUUGUCUUCUAUUUCCUGGAAGCACUCAAUGAACACACUGCAGUGUACAGUCAGAAUAUAUGAAACUAAACAAUCGGAAUAUACCAUCACAAGGGUUAGUACUUCAUGUAAGACCCCAUAGCAAUCCUAACCCUAAAACAGAGAUUUAAUUCAUGGGUUCCAACAUAAAGUCUGGUGUUUCCUAAUUUCACUGGUUAAUUAUAGAUUAUAGGGACUCUACUUAGAGCAAUUUUGUACGACGAUACACAACGCGUCUUAUAGAUACUGACAAUGCCAUCUACUGCAGUAGAAUAUACAAUGUGCGGUAAUGUGAUUCCAUGUGAUCCACAUGAGCACGGCUGUAGACUGUAGCGCGCGUCCCAUCCCAUCUCAUAUUUGUUUAUGUCAGUCUGCCAAUAUAUGUAGUUUGCAACCCGUUCCAUACAACAAUUUCUUGAUUCGCUCCUGUGGCACUCGUUUAAGGUUCACUAAAAGUCGUUGCCAUAGCAACAUUGUAAGGUUGUCGCAAUUUAUUGACUUAAAUAUGAUGUGUUGUGAUGGGCCGUAAUUUUAUGAUUUACUUUUCAACCUUAAUUGAUAUAAUGUUAAAUGUUGGAAUCAAUUUGAUUUUUUUUUGUUCUGGUGACGUUAAGUUGUCGACAUCGCUUUUUCUAGCCUGCGYGGCGGCUCUUCCUUUUCCUCCUCUCCUCCCUUAGAGCCUCUACGCAGACUAACUUGUUUUUGUCACAGGUAUGUGAAAUAAAUGCAAUUAUGACUGA